GUUAUUGGAAUUCGUUUGUAGCAGCCUACGGCUGGCUUAGUAAUUUAAUUAAAAUAGGCCUAAUCGAACGUAAACCGAAGAGCGCCCUAUUCAUUCGCAACUUUCUACACAUCCUGCCUUAUUCCGUCGACGUGGUCGAUUCUAGUUUCUAGGUUGUAAAGUUUCGUGUUCUGUCAAUCCAUCGUUGUGCAGAAGGUUGCAAUAUGUUCGCCUAUUCUACCGAAUACGAAGCUGUAGCAAUGGUAUUGUGAUAGUGAUUGCAUGGAAAACAAGUUCGACUAGCAAUGCAAGUAACUAUGCCCUUAUCGACAGUGGCGUUUACACUUCAGUGAAAUAGUCAGUAUCAAACUGAAGACUGCUGCAGUAUUAUCACCGCUUCGGGUAUCGAAGGUUCACAUUAGAAAGAGAUGGUUCCGAAUGUGCUCAAUUUCCUGGUAAACCCGUAAAUAUUCAGAAACGCAUGACAAAGCACAUGAAUAAUAUAAGCCUGGUCUAGGAAUUCAGUGUAGCUGGCUACCACGGUUGAAUAGCUUGCUUUGUUGAACCAAACGCUUCAAGGAAAUUAUUGUUUGCGGUCGAUCAUCCGACCUAAAGUUACCCGGUAACGUGUCAAUCGUGCAAUGGAAUUUGCCGAGUUGAUCCUUACGCCGAAGCUGGAUGGUGUGUUGCUGUACGAUCAGUUGAGCGAACGACCCGUGGACGGGACACUCUGCAUCACCGGUCACCAUCUUAUACUCAGCACAAGGAAGGAAGGUGCACAGGAACUUUGGUUACUCCAUCAAAACAUCGACCUGGUAGAACGGAAGCCGAAUAUCGUUAACAACAUCCUCGAAGGUGGCACCAUCAUUCUGAAAUGCAAGGACCUCCGUAUAAUUGCGCUGAAAAUUGCGUCCCCACAGGAGUACUUCAACAUCUCCAAUUCGAUCGAGCAGCUGUCGAACCUAGAGGAGGCGAAGAUGUUGUACCCAUUUUUCUACAUUCCCAUGUACAACAUGCUCGAGGACGGCUACUCACUGUACCAACCCGAGCAGGAGUUCGCAAAACUAUUGGCGACCAGCGACGACUGGCGGCUGACGACGGUUAACAGUGCUUAUCAGGUGUGCCCUACGUACGGCGCUAAGCUCGUCGUCGCCCGCUCCAUCACCGACGAGCAGAUUGUGCAGUCCGCUGCCUUCCGCGAUGGUGGCCGGUUUCCGGUGCUGUCUUAUCGGCACGGCAAUGGGGCGGCGAUGCUACGCAGUGCCCAGCCGGUGGCGGCACCGGGUGUUACCAAGCGCUGCCGAGCUGACGAAGCCAUUCUGAAUGCGGUGCUCGGCCGCAGCAAGAAAGGUUUCAUCUUCGACACGUGGGGUAAGGGCAAGAGCAGCACGACCGAAACGGACCAGCACUACUCGCAGUGGAAGAAGGUGAAUAGGCCGAUCGGACAGUUUAGCUCGGUGUCGGCCUUGCUGGAUAGUUUCGUCAAACUGAUGGAUGCUUGCAAUGACGUGCAGUGCAGUCCGGACAAGUGGCUUUCCCGGUUGGAAAUGUCCGGUUGGUUAGGGUACGUGCUGAAUGCCCUCAACGCCGCUUGCGUAGUGGCACAGUGCUUGGAUCAGGAAGGCGCUCCGGUGUUGGUGCACGGAGGCAAGGGGUUGGAUACGACACUCGUGGUGACCUCAUUGGUACAAAUUAUCCUCAAUCCAGACUGCCGAACCAUAAGAGGCCUCCAGGCACUCAUUGAUCGCGAGUGGUUACAAGGGGGAUAUCCAUUUUCAACACGCCACAAGCACUCCUGCUAUACGCCCACCCAUCAGCGAAGGAAAAGUUCUAGUGCCACAUUCCUGCUAUUUCUAGAUUGCGUUUAUCAGCUGUACGCGCAAUUUCCGUGCAGCUUCGAGUACGACCACCGGCUGCUGGUGACGCUGUUCGAGCAUAGCUAUUUCAGUCAGUACGGUACCUUCUUGGGCGACUGCGAACGCGAACGGGUACAGCUGAAGGUGUUCUCCCGUACCACAAGCCUUUGGUCGCACCUGAAUCGGCACGAAGUGGUCAAAUCGCUGCUCAAUCCAUUGUACGAGCCGAACCAGGCAGUCAUCUGGCCGUCGGUGGCACCGAUCAGCAUCGUGCUGUGGGCAGAGCUGUACACGCGCUGGUCGAUCGAUCAAUCGCAGUUGAAGAUAACAUUCGGACAGAUACAGGCGCUCAUUAGCCGGGAGAAGGAUUUGCGCAGCCGGGUACUUAAGCUUCACCGGCAGCUGGCCGAGUUGCAGCGAGAGUAUCAACUGGUUCGCAAUGAGAAGAACGGCAACAGUAGCGGUAACCAUAAUCACUAUAACCGCCAGCUGCACGAUGCAGAUGUAGACGAUCCGGGAGAUGACGGUGACGAGGAAAGUGUGUCCUCCGAUGCGCUGGGUUCGAGUAAGUAGAUACCAGUAACAAGUCACACGGCCUUAUGCUCCUAUAGGUAAAGAUAGCAGUAAGUUAGUUAGCGCCUGAAGACGGCAAGCGUAUCUAGAAGAAAAGUUUAAUCGUUAUGCGAAUAGUUCACAUGUCCGUGAGAAAUUCAUCUGUAGCACAAGCUCUCUGAGUUUUUUCCCAAAUGGAUGCACUCAGUUAUCCAACUAGUUUGCAGGUAAUUUUGCUGAUGAAAUUCUUAGAACGUGUUUAAAGAUGGUAAUUGCCACCAAAGCCACAAUUUAAUUAAUUUUUGUAGAAGUUUUCGUAUAUUUGCAUAACUUAACUUAUUUACAACUCAUACGUGUUGCUCCGAAAUACAUUUUCUUAUGUUGACUUCACUGGUGCAACUCUGGCGCCGCGGAUCAUGGAAGCCCUUUCCCUUAGUUGUUGCGACCAUUAUUUUGGUCUCUAUUAGACGGACGCCUGUCGUUUCUCGUGUUAGCGUAUCCGUUUUGCCUCAAACCUCGUCUGUUAUUGUAACCGUUACCAUACCCUCUUUGCUGAUAGUUGGGUUGGUAUCUUUGGUUUUGUGGGUACCAACGAUCUCUGUUCCCUGUGCUGGAGUUGGCGUUAUCUGAGUCUUGUCUUCUAGUCUGUGUUUGUUGUUGGCGAGCCGCCAAUACCUGUGCAUAUGACUUUCCAUUGUCCAAUUCGACGGCUACUUCAAUUGCGUCAGCGAGCUUUUCGAAUUGUCUUGAUCGAAUGACACAACGUGUUUCGAUGUCCAUCAUACCAUCGGCCAAUGCUUUAAGCUCUGUUUUUGUGGCCUUUUUGUGAGCCAAUAUCUUUGAAACUUCCUCUGAUAUAUGUAAGGUUUAAAGA